AUGAUGCCUGAUGUAAAAAUUGACGAUGAAGUAUCAGCUAUGAAUUUCAAUAAACUGGCGAUGAGUUAUUUGCGGGAAGGAGAAAUUAUACAGAAAUUAAUGAUUUUGGCUGAUAAAAUAUAAUAAUUAUUCAUUUUUUUAAUAAAAAAAUUAUUUUUUCCACCUAAUUCAAGCAAAAUGGUUUAAAUUUAGCAUUUGAUUUACUUAAAAAAGCUGAAGGAAUAUUACUAGGAAAAGAAGACCAAAAAUCAAUGAAACUUUUGGGGACAACUUGGAACAAUUUAGGUUGUUUUUUUAAGCGUUCUGGAGAGCUAAAUAAAGCUUUGCUUUAUUUGAAAAAUGCUUUGGAGCUUGAGAAUGACUAUCCUACAGAUUCAAUAAAUAUUGCUGGAACUCAUCUAAAUAUUUGUGCGAUUUAUUCACAACUUGGAAUAUACAUAAAAUGGCGUAUGGCGACCGACCCGUCCUCUCAGUGACGGUAACCCAUGUAUAUCCGGGCAUGGUUUUCUGAAGAAGCGACUUAGCCCAGCAAUAUUUGGACCCUGGUGGCGACCAGGGACAAACACAGACCCGCUGAUCUUGUCCAAAUCCCAGGGCAGUUAGGAGCAUCUUCUUUUUCCAGCAGCGCCCUAGCCAGUGGGUGCCCGAAAUGGAGCAGGGUGAAUUACCUGCUCAAGCUGCUAUAGUGGUCUGCCCCGAGUCGAGGAAGCGGUUGAGUAUUUUCUCAAGCGGAUAAGCUGGGAAAAGGGGAAGGCAGACUAGACAACCAAGAAGGCGGUCUCUCCAGUACAAAAGGGUCCCAGUAAAAUGGGGCGAUCUGGCCAACCGGAGGCAAAGACUGGCGUAUUCGGGGCGGAAGGCUGAGUUGGAAAUGGUGGUGCCCGGCGAAGGUCGGCUGACGACCCAAUAGGGCAACCCACUACCGAGAAACCAGGGGUUUCGGCCUGGGCUCAGAGAACCAGUGAUGGAAGUCCAUCCUUUUCGCUCGUGCCGGCACGGCUCCUUAAGGAGCGCGGAGGAAUGCCACGCAUGGAAGUAGGGACCUUAAAUACAUAUCGUCUUAACAUUAACAUUCACAACUUGGAGAACAUAACAAAGCGUUAGAAUUUUCUAUAGAAGCUUUGGAUAUUUUAAACUCAUGCCAUGAUAAGAAUGAAAAUUUAUUAGAAACCUUGAUGAUUGCAUAUCAUAACGUAGGGACAGAGUAUGAGUAUUUAAAUCAAAAGAAAAAUGCGUUGAAUAUUUAUAGAAAAGGGUAUGGGUUAUCCUUAAAAUAUUUAGGAGAAGACCACGAUCUGACUGAAACGCUAAAAAUUGGCUUAGAAAAUGCAAAACUAAGCAGCUUAAGAGGAAAAGAAAGGAUUUUGUCGCCUAUUGAGUUUUCGAGAGUCUCUCCACAGAGAAAACGUGAAGCUGAAUCUCUAAGUUCUGUGUCAGGAUCUCAUAUAAUUGAUACAAAAAACAGAUGAGAUUCUGACGUAACUUACCAAAAGCUGCCUAAUACUUUUAGUAAAAGGCUGAGUGAUCAUAUAAAUGAUCCUAUAAGAAUCAGCCAUGCUUCAUCCAACGUUACAUCUACAAAAUCAACAGUGAAAUCAUUAGGCCUAUUGUCAACUCAGCCCUUUUCCCGUCCAAGAUUUAAUACCUUUGUUAAAAAAAGAAAAGAUCCAAUGAACGUACUCAAUAACAGUUUUGAACCUAAAAAACUAGUCUCAUUUUCAGUGCCUCCUAAGAAAAAUAACACUUAUAAAUAUGUCCAGCCACGCUAUAUAAACAAUCCAAGCAUAAAAAAGCACUCAUGCUUAAAUCAUGAAAAUUAUACAAGUAAAACCCCAAUCCCUCCCAAUUGAAAAAAGAAGCCUACAUACACAAGACCAGGAAAGAGUGUCACUCCAGUCCCUGAAAAACGAAAUUCUGUUGAAAAUAAAAUUGUGUCAAAAUCAGUAGAAAUUUCUAGUGGCAAUGAAAAUGGCCUUGAAAAUUCUGCAAUUAAUAUUCAAAAAAAUUGGAAAAGAUAUCAAGCCAUGAAGAAUUUUCACGUAUCAAAAUUCAUAGAAAAGCAAGAGCAAAAUGCUAAAACUUAUAUAGACAAAGACGCGAUUGGUAUUAAACAGACAAGAAUUGUCAAAGUUAUUGAGAAAGAUAAAGAAAAAAGAGUAAAUUUUGAUUUAACUCCAAUGCCGAUGAAGGUUAAAAUGGAGUCUCCAGAGCCAAAAAUAAAUAAAAAAAUGAUUUCAAUGGCGAAAUAUGAAAAGGAAAAAGAAAAAAUUGUGAAAAUUCAAGCGAAUAUAAAGAGAUGAUUACAAAGAAAAAGAUUCUUGAAAAUUAAAUCAAAUAUAAUAAAAGUCCAGGCAAAAUAUAGAAGCUACAUUACAAGGAAGCUUUAUAAAGCUAUUCAUGAGGCUAUUAUUUAUAUUCAAACAGUUUUUAGGGGCUACAGAACAAGAAAACUCCUGAAAUACUCUUAUUCCUUUUUGUAA